AUGCAUGACAUAUCUUCUUCUCUCUGGAACGCUCCACUCAUUGCUCUGUGCAGAACCGACGGGCUCGAUUUCCUCCAACAAGAAAUUGAUACAUCCCAUCUGUGGACCGGCAAGUCACCAAUUUCACUCCACACUAGACGAGUAGACGAACUGGUGGCUGUUGAUGCCAGAUCUCAUCCUGUCUACUAUUGUCACUAUCGCCGUCUCUCCAUCAUUGGUUUCAUAUCUGAGAAUAAAACGACCUGA